GAGGGAGAGAGGAGUCUCUCGGCGGAACGGCCAGAAUAUACCAAACCGGGCAUUGGUGGACUUCGGAUUGCUUUGAACCAAGAUAUAGAUAUCGAGGACUCUUCAUUAAUCUAUCAGAAUUUUGCGCUUUUACUGAUAUUUUUUUUUUGACAUUUGUUACGUGCAAUAAUAUUGCGUCGCUUGUGCAUGUGCAUUUUAACAUUUAUAGUGCACCUACCCCUUAACGCAUUGCCCAAUGCCGAGGAAUGGAUAGUGUCUCUGAUAAAGGUGGAAAGAUGGUCGAGAGUGAUGAUCAGUCGGAGAGGGAUAGUGGCGGUGGCGCAGCGAUGGCCGCGCUACACCAAUGCGAACUCAUCCAGAACAUGAUUGAAAUCUCCAUCUCCAGUUUACAGGGGCUCCGGACCAAGUGCGCCGCGUCCAACGACCUCACACAGCAAGAGAUACGUACUUUAGAGGUGAAGCUGAUGAAGUACAUCUGUAAACAGUUGCAGUGUAAGCAGAAAGUGCCGGAGACAGAGAGACCUCAGGCCUUGGACAGCUACCCAAGGCUAGGGGACUGGCUGCGUACCAUCAACCUGAGACCCAUGCUCAUUGAAGCGGUGCCUGUGAAGCUGUCCUUGGAUGACUUGCUGCAGAUGCCAUGUUCUCAGGUGCGAGAGACCAUGAGGAGGCUUGGCUCCAGUUCAGAGGAGUGUGCCAGGCUCAGUGCAGCCCUCUCCUGCCUAAAGAGUGCCACUGAAUCAGAUGGAGAGCUGAGAGAGGACGGGGGGCCCUGGUUUUCAGAGCCCACCCGGCGAGACAGUGGCUCUCUGCUGCUGCCUGCUGACCAGCUGAUGCGCCCCCACAGCCCCACACCACUAGCUCGGCCCCCCACCACCCCAUCCACCCCCUGCAUCCCCUGUAAAGCCUGUGCCCAACCCCGGUCGGGACUGGUGUCUGCAGUGCCCGGGCCCGACACCCACGGAGCGCACGCUGACAGCUCCCUCUCAGACCCCUUCCCCAUUGCCCCCCGCCAGGGGCGACUCCACGGCCACACCUCCACCCCGCCCAUCACCCCGCCCUCCAAGAGGCGCCACCGGCUGAAGCCCCCCUGCACCCCGCCGCCGCCCUCCCGCAAGGUGCUGCACCUCCUGCCGAACAUCACCCUGACCCGCAGCAAGAGCCAUGAGUCUCAGCUAGGGAACCGCAUCGAGGAGCCAACCACCAACAAGUGUGCAAAGAAGAAUAAGUUGUUCCUCAAUGUUCAGAUCAAUGGGAAUGGAUGUGAGGACUCGCCCUCCCGCUCCCCCCGCCUCUCUGCCCGUACUCCUGGGGCUUCUACCCCUGCCACUGCCCCCUACACCCUGCCUGGCACCCCCACCCUGAUGGAGGACCAUUCAGCCCACCUCAAGAGUCAUCCGGGGUUGCACCGAGGCUCACCGCAGGCCGCGAGGAGAGACAUAGGCCUUGCCGUGACUCACAGGUUUUCCACCAGGUCGUGGCUGUCCCAGACGUGUCAGGUGUGUCAGAAGAACAUGAUGUUUGGUGUGAAGUGUAAACACUGCAGGUUGAAGUGCCAUAACAAGUGUACUAAAGAAGCUCCCUCAUGCAGAAUCUCCUUUCUGCCAAUCACCAAAAUCCGGAGGACUGAGUCUGUGCCGUCGGACAUCAACAAUCCUGUGGACCGGCCAUCGGAGGCCCCGCAGUUCGGCACUCUACCGAAGGCCAUCACCAAAAAGGAUCACCCACCUGUGCUGAACCAGUUGGAUUCCAGUAGUAACCCGUCCUCCACCACAUCCUCCACCCCCUCCUCCCCUGCCCCAUUCCAGAACCCUCCCAGUGCCACCCCACCCCCCAACCACUCGCCCAAGGGCCACCGGGACAACCGCUUCCACUUCCCAGCUGCCUGCUACUUUCAGCAUAGACAGCAGUUUAUCUUCCCUGAUGUGUCCAGUGUCACUACUACUGAAGCGCUCCAAGACACAGUUGAGACUGAACCAGCAGACCACCUGCAUGCUGAGCUGGCUGAGGAUGAGGACGGAGAGGAAGAAGAGGAGGAGGAGGAAGAGGAGGAAGAGGAGGUGGUUGAACCUGAGAUCGACCCGGACCCGGUAGUAGAUGAGGAAGACGAGGAGGAUGUGGAGGAUGAUGAUGAUGAUGAUGGGAGUGGGAUGAAUGGGGGUUCGGAUGGUGAGUGUGAUGGGGAUGAAUUGGAUGACCUGCCCAGCUCACGGGGAGGUCGCUGGAAAGGCCCAAUCGCUCGUAAGGCCAGUCAGACCAGUGUGUACCUGCAGGAGUGGGACAUUCCCUUCGAACAGCUGGACCUGGGAGAACUCAUUGGGAAGGGCCGCUGGGGAAAGGUGCAUAAGGGUCGUUGGCACGGAGAGGUGGCCAUCCGGCUGUUAGAGAUAGAUGGGAACAACCAGGACCACCUGAAGCUGUUUAAGAAGGAGGUGAUGAACUACAGACAGACCCGCCAUGAGAACGUGGUCCUCUUCAUGGGGGCCUGCAUGGCCCCGCCCCACCUUGCCAUCAUCACCAGUUUCUGCAAAGGGAGAACUCUAUACUCUGUGGUUCGAGAUACCAAAAACUCCCUGGAUAUAAACAAGACAAGGCAAAUCGCUCAAGAAAUUGUAAAGGGAAUGGGCUAUCUGCAUGCCAAAGGCAUUGUCCACAAGGACUUAAAGUCGAAAAAUGUCUUUCACGACACCAACAAAGUGAUUAUUACAGACUUUGGCCUGUUUGGGAUCUCUGGAGUUGUUCAGGAGGGGAGGCGAGAAAAUGAGCUGAAGCUUCCACAUGGCUGGAUCUGUUACCUAGCGCCGGAGAUCGUCCGUAGGAUGAGCCCUGGAAACAACGAAGACCGCCUGCCCUUCUCAAAUGCAGCAGAUGUCUAUGCCUUCGGCACUAUUUGGUAUGAGCUCCAAGCCAGGGACUGGCCUAUCACCAACCAGCCUGUUGAGGCAACCAUCUGGCAGGUGGGGAGUGGGGAGGGCAUCAAGAAGGUCCUGGCAGAGAUUAGCCUGGGCAAGGAGGUCACGGAGAUCCUUUCUGCCUGCUGGGCCUACGACCUGAGGGAGCGACCGACCUUCACCCAGCUGGCGGACAUGCUGGAGAAACUGCCCAAACUCAACCGGAGACUGUCUCACCCUGGACACUUCUGGAAGUCUGCUGAGAUGUGACUUGUUUCGUUGUGUGGGGGAGAAGAGGAGCUGGAGUGAGGAGGCCCAGGGUAUUGCGCUACCUUCCCUCAAAUUUCCUUCCUUCGUCUGAAAACGUCUUGCCUUCAUUUGUUUUCUACUUUUGCUUUUUUUUGGGCUAUCUGAGGCUUGUGAGUAACUGGCCCGUGGUGUCUGUGCUGAGACUGGCUGUGCUGUGGCCUGUGUCUGCUAGCUGAUGGCUGCUGUGUUCUGUCCCAGCCGGUCCUGCUUGGCCUCCACUCUGGGCCGUGAUGUGGCUUUCCCUGCUGGGACUGACCCCUAGACAACGCAGCCCAUGCAUUUGCUGGGCCAAAAACUAUGGUUUUACUACAGCUAUCCAAAAUGGACCACUGCAUUCACUUCCUCCUCUUUUGUUGUUGGUCUUGAAGCUUUGGGCUGCUUGAGUGGUGUAAUCCAACUGCCUCUUGACACUUUCCCUUCAGCUCUGCAGUUUUCUGAUGGCAUGCGCUGCGACACUGUCACUGUGCUGUUCACUGCCUCCAACUCACCAUCUUUCUACAUGAUUUCAACGGGAAGAAAACUGAGAAAAGAAAGGUUCCUCUUUGGUUUUUGAUUCCUAUUUUGAGUAAUACAUUUUUUGCAGUGUUUAUUUUGUCGUUCCAUAAAGGAAAAAGGUCUCAGCAGUUAGGAGCAUGAUUUAAUUGACUGUUGUCUUUUUGUUGUUUGUCUGGGUAGUCUAAUGAAACUGUACCUGUGAAAACAGUUCAGUGCAUACAUGAGUGAAUGUGUUGAAACCGCAGGCCACUGGAGGUGUCUGCCUGCGAUGUAUGUGACAUUAUCGUCUCACUAGUCACUUGGACUAGAGGUAUCUGAUGAUCAAGUGCCCUGAUUACUGGUAUUAAAAUGCAUAAGGUGCCACAGAGUAGAAGAGAAAUCUUCUCUCAGACUGAAAGGUAGGUCAAGUAGAUUCAUUCACUGGGCACACAAAUCGAACUGGAACCUGGCACAGAAGUUUCCAAUAAUUGUUUCCUUAAACAUUACCUCGUGUGUGUGCUUGUGUGUGUUAUUUUUGUGAUUGCUAGCCACACUUGGUGUGCGUGUGCGCGUGUGUGUGUGUUUGUGUGCGUCAGAGUGGCUGUAUUUUAAUGGAUUGUGUAGGGUUGAUAUGGUGGAAGGCUGAAGUAAAUGUAGUAUUGAUGAUAUAAAUGGUAUGUAAGAUAUAAGUGUAUAUACAUUAUUUAAUGUACAGCUAAUUAACAGUUCUUUUAAUAUUUGUACAAACAUUUUAUAUGUACAAUAAAUCCAUCAUUGCAUUUUUAAAUAGGUAAUGCUCCCCUAUUACAGAUGUGUAUAUAUAUCUUUAUAUUUUUUCAUGUAAAAAAUACUGUAAAAAUAUACUGUAAAUUCUUUUUGAAUGAGUCUAUACAUGUUUUUUA